AUGACGAUUCUUCUACGUGGUGUGAGUAGAAUAUCGAGACAUACAAACUUUAUAAAUUUUUCACCGAUAAAUAGAAUCACCACUUUCAAUAAAAGACAGUUUCAAUCAUCGCUACGUAAAAAUGAAGAUAUAAAACAAAAACAACCAGAGACAUACGAGGAAGAAAAAGUAGUAAUAGAUGAAAUUAUUAAAAAUUCAACGCCAGAAGAUAUACAAGCUUCUAAAAGGAUGAGAAACAUAGGUAUAUCAGCUCAUAUAGAUUCAGGAAAAACCACUUUUACAGAACGUGUUUUAUUUUAUACUGGUAGAAUUAAAGCUAUUCAUGAAGUUAGAGGACGAGAUUCAGUUGGAGCCAAAAUGGAUCAUAUGGAUUUAGAAAGAGAAAAAGGUAUUACUAUUCAAUCUGCUGCAACUUAUUGUUCAUGGGAUAAAGAUAAUCAAUCUUAUCAUUUUAAUUUAAUUGAUACUCCUGGUCACAUUGAUUUUACAAUUGAAGUUGAAAGAGCAUUGAGAGUAUUAGAUGGUGCUGUGUUAGUUGUAUGUGCAGUUGCUGGUGUGCAAUCACAAACUGUUACUGUUGAUAGACAAAUGAGAAGAUAUAAUAUUCCAAGAAUAACUUUUAUUAAUAAAAUGGAUAGAAUGGGAUCAAAUCCAUGGAAAGCAAUUGAACAAAUCAAUUUGAAAUUAAAAUUGCCAGCCGCUGCUAUUCAAGUUCCAAUUGGUGCAGAAGAUCAAUUACAAGGUGUAGUUAAUAUCAUUGAUAGAGUUGCAUUAUAUAAUGAAGGAUCACAAGGUGAAACUAUAAGAAAAGCAGAAGUUCCUGACGAAUUAAAGGAAUUGGUUGAAGAAAAAAGAGCAUUAUUGAUUGAAACUUUAGCUGAUGUUGAUGAAGAAAUAGCUGAUAUAUAUUUGGAAGGUGAAGAACCAACUGUUGAACAAAUAAAACAAGCUAUAAGACGUGCAACUAUUGGUAGAAAAUUUACACCAGUACUUAUGGGUUCAGCAUUAGCUAAUAAAGGUAUUCAACCAGUUUUGGAUUCUGUUGUUGAUUAUUUACCUCAACCAAAUGAGAUUUUAAAUACAGGUUUAGAAGUACAUAAUGAUGGUACUGAAACUCCAAUAAAUUUAAUUCCAUCAAGUACAAAACCAUUUGUUGGUUUAGCAUUUAAAUUAGAAGAAGGUCCAUAUGGUCAAUUAACUUAUAUAAGAGUCUAUCAAGGUAAAUUGAAAAAAGGAGCCUAUAUGACCCAUAUUAAAACAGGUAAAAAAGUCAAAGUUUCAAGAUUAGUUAGAAUGCAUUCAAAUGAUAUGGAAGACGUUGCUGAAGUAGGAAGUGGUGAAAUUUGUGCUACUUUCGGUAUUGAUUGUGCAUCUGGUGAUACUUUUAUUGGUCAAGGUUCUUCAAAACAAAUUGCAAUGAGUUCAAUGUUUGUUCCUGAAGCUGUUAUUUCCUUAAGUAUUGCACCAAAAUCGAAAGAUAAUGGAGCUUUUUCAAAAGCAAUGAAUAGAUUUCAAAAAGAAGAUCCAACUUUUAAAGUUCAUUAUGAUUCUGAAUCUAAAGAAACUAUUAUAUCAGGUAUGGGUGAAUUACAUUUGGAAAUUUAUGUUGAAAGAAUUAAAAGAGAAUAUGGUGUUGAUUGUAUUACUGGUAAACCCCAAGUUGCUUAUAGAGAAGCUAUUACCUCGUCAACACCAUUUGAUUUUACACAUAAGAAACAAUCAGGUGGUGCUGGUCAAUAUGGUAGAGUAGUUGGAGAAAUGAAACCAAUUGAUGGAGAAAAUAAAUUUGAAACUCAAAUUGUCGGAGGAAAAAUUCCUGAAAAAUUCUUAUUGGCUUGUAAUAAGGGAUUUGAUGACUGUUUAGAAAAAGGUCCUUUAAUUGGUCAUAAAGUUUUGGGAGUUGAUAUGUUAAUUAAUGAUGGUCAAACACAUGUUGUUGAUUCUUCUGAGUUAGCUUUUAGAACAGCUACUCAAGGUGCUUUCAAACAAGCAUUUUUAAAUGCUUCACCAGUAAUCUUGGAACCAAUAAUGAAUGUUGAAAUUACUGCUCCGAAUGAAUUUCAAGGUUCAGUCGUUGGUUUAGUUAAUAAGUUAGGUGGUAUGAUUAAUGAAACAGUAAAUGGACAAGAUGAAUUUACUGUCACUGCGGAAUGUUCAUUGAAUUCAAUGUUUGGAUUUUCAACAAAUUUAAGAGCAUGUACUCAAGGUAAAGGUGAAUUUUCAUUAGAAUUUUUAAAAUAUUCUCAAACUAGUCCACAAUUACAAAAACAAUUAAUAAGUGACUAUGAAAAAGCUCAAGCAAACAAAAAAUAG